ACAAGCGUCACUGACACUCGGCCGCCGCCGGGGCCAGGUCCUGACAACCUCAGCCGUCCGUUGGAAAGAACCAGGGAGACCAGCCAACUAAUCUUGCAUUUGCACUUGUUUCACGCUACCAUCGAAUCACACAGUCUUGCCGAGUUGCUGUUGAUGGUUGGCCAAUCUGUUACCAUGGCCCCAACUCACCUAUCUCUUGACUUUGGUAUCACCGCCAAACCCGCUAUCGUAGGACAACAAGUCAUUCGGGUGGCAAUUGAGGGGAACCUCAAAGAGCUCGCAGGGGGGAGGGACUAG